AUGAAUAUUCUGGAAUGGGCUUUCGGGAAGCGCAUGACGCCCGCCGAGCGUCUGCGCAAGAACCAGCGCAUGCUCGACAAAGCCAUCCGCGAACUUGACCAAGUGCGGGUCAAGCUUGAGAAGCAGGAGAAGACGCUCGUCAACCAGAUCAAACAGAGCGCCCAGAAGGGUCAGAUGGGUGCCGCUAAGAUUCAGGCGAAGGACUUGGUGCGCACAAGGAGAUACGUCGAAAAGUUCUACGGCAUGCGAAGUCAACUGCAGAAGAUAUCACUGCGACUCCAGACCCAUCGAACGAACGAACAAAUGAUGCAAGCCAUGAAGGGUGCGACCGUGGCCCUGGGCAGCAUGAACCGAUCCAUGAACCUGCCCGCCCUACAGCGCAUCGCCAUGGAAUUCGAGAGGGAGAACGAUGUAAUGGAACAGAGGCAAGAGAUGAUGGAUGAUGCGAUUGACGAUGCCAUGGAUGUCGGUAUAGAAGAGGAGGGUGACGAGGUCGUCGAGCAAGUCCUGGAGGAGAUCGGUGUGGAUCUCAACCAAGCAUUUGGGGAAACGCCUACCGGGUUGCAGGCCGACAAAGUUCCCGAGGGGAGAAUUGCUCAGGCCAUCGGCGGCGGCGGUGGUGGAGCCGCUGACCCAGGUGAUGACGACCUUCAAGCGCGACUUGAUAGUCUGCGCAAGUAA